CAAAAACCACCACCACUACCAAUAGUUGACACCAUCGCACCCACACAAUGUCGAAGUCACAAUCACUUUAAAAUAGCGGUCAACCUCCAACAAAAGGCAAUGAUGGUGAAACCAUGGCUGACGCCACCGCACCCAUGGAUCUUGAAACCAUGGCUAUUUGCGUUGAAGCAAUGGUGAGGGAGUGGGGUUGAUUGGUGGCCAUGAGAGGUGAUUUGUUGGUUAGUGCAGUAAUGGUGGUUGGAUAUUGGUGAUGAUGGUGCAAAUCUUCUACUUCCUCUGAUUUUAAAUUUAUCUUCAGAUAUGUUGUCGAUUUUGGUGGUUUUUUAGGAGCUCGGAAUAGUGAGCGAUUUUGGUGGCGUUGAUGCUUGGUGGGUGCCAACAAUUUUGGUGGGUUUUGGUUUUGGGGACUAUAAAUAUCAACGCAGACUCUCAAAGAAGGAAAGAGGGUUUCUGGUGGAGAAUGAUUGAAACCAUGAAAAGGAAGGUUAGAGUUUCAUACUCAGAUCCUGAUGCCACCGAUUCUUCAUCAGAUGAAGGUGGCGAUGGACCAGAAAGAUCGAAGAGUUUGGUUCAUGAGAUCGUACUUCAGCCAGGAAAAAAUCUUGACAAGAAGAAGGGUUCUGGAAAAAUUCGUCCACGAAUCAAGAAAUUCAAUUCGAGGGUUCUUGAUCAGAAUGGAAUGGGAAAAUUAAUUGGGGUUCAGAAAAGAAAAUCGGGUAAAUACUCUGCUGAAAUCAGAGAUCCUUUCAAGAAGAAACGGGUUUGGUUGGGGACUUACAACACUGCUGAAGAGGCCUCUGAGGUUUACCUGGCCAAGAAGCGUGAAUUUGAGGAAAAACAGAGUGCUGGACGAGGAAUUGAUUGUGGUCCUUGUGAUAAUUCCUCCGAAGAUUCUUCACCUUCGGUCAAUGAAUUUGAUACCCUGGAUUCUCCGGAAGAAGUAAGCUCAAUAGAAAGGGAAUUUUUUGAGGAAAACAACGCUGGUUCAAAUGAGGGACAAAAUUUUUCACUGCCAGACCCGUCAGUCAAGUUUGGGAUGCUGUUUGGUGUGCAAAUUAUUAACAACCACGGAUUUCUCUUGGGCGAAUUCAGCAAGUUAGACGACUUCAGCAUUCAUGAAUCGGAAUAAGACUCAACAUUCAUGUGUAUCGGAAUAAGAUUAUUUUCCUAAACUUUUUUAUUCUUGGCUAGUUUUUCAAAUUGUUGAAUCCGCACAUUAGAUAUGUAUUAGAUAUCACAUGUAUAUUAUGGGAGUUGAAUAACAACUCUUAGGUUGUUGCAAUCAAGCAAUACUGACGGUAUCUGAUGAAUUUUCUUCUCUCCUGUCGUUGUUUCAUUCAUACACAGUACAUAAUUUAUUUUA